AAAAAGUGUUCUUCGGACAUAGCACUUAUCAGUGUUGUCAGUUCAGACCGGACCGGAGCUUAAAAUACCAAAUCAUUGAAAAAAAAACAACAAAAAGACGCAGACUACUCAUCGUCUUCGUCUCCGUCUCCAUCUCCAUCGUCUUCCUCUGCUUCUUCCGAUGAAUCCUCACAAAACCGAAGAAGAUCUAUUCCACCACCACGAUCUCCCCCCACCAGACAUAAUCCCUCAAUCACAACCCUCCCUUCACCACAACCCCGAAGAAGACGACCCCACCUUCUCCCUCCAAGAAUUCGUCCUCUUCCGCUCCUCCCCCUCCCACUCCUCCGACUCACAAGACGACUCCCCGUCUCACCCCACCCCCAAAAUCACUCCUUUACCAAACCCUAGGGCUCCAAACGAACUCAACUUCAUCAACCCAGAGCCACACAUCUCAUCUCAAUUCUACACAUUCAACUCCGCCUCCCACUCCCUCAUGACCCUCUGCCUCCGCCAAAACCGUCUCGCCACCCCCUCCGAGAUCCGCGUCGCAACCCCAAAGCCCGUCCUCAAGUCGUGGCGCUCCGUCUGGAAAGACCGUAACGAGGACACCGCCUACCUCACGGCGUGGAAACGGAUCCAAGUCAAGCUCGCCGUCGUCUCCGGCAACAACGAGUUCCUCUGCUUCAAAAACAACGCUCAGCAACAGCUCGUCUCCCACGUCGACCAGUGGCAUGACGUAGUCAUGAGCUAUCAUCGCGGCGACGGCGACUUGAAACACUUGGGGGUUAGAGAGACCAUAGAGAGAAUCAAGCAGGUGUGGACCGUUGGGGCGAAGCUAUAUGGAAUCCCCGAGAGCUUUAUUAGGGUUUGUGUAGCGGCGUGCGGUGUUUGCAACUCCGUUACUGGUGGCUCCGCCUCGAGGAGGAACAAACGGCGUCGUUUUGAGUAUACGGAGUCUUUUGACGUGCCUGCCAAGGAUGUUCCGGAUAGGUUGCAGGAGUUAGCUUCUAAGCAUAAGGUUGUGCUUUGUAUUAGGCAGAAGUAUAUUAGGUAUAAACCGUUUAUGGCUGAGGUGAAGGAUUACGCUUGUCAUAGAGCUGGGGAGCCUGCUUCUAAGAAGUCCAGGGUUCUGAAGAGGGAGCCUUAUCAGUCAAAGAGAUGCGGCUGCGGUUUUAGGAUUCGAGCUAUUGUCCCCAUUGCUAAUUACAAUGAAAAGGAUAAAACUUUUGUGUAUCAGGAAGAAGGAACAGCUGUUUUUAAGCUUUACGCUGUUCAUUCGGGGCAUGAGCCCGGGGCGAUGGAUGGGAACGCGAGGAUCAUGCAUCGGCUUGUUGGUCAUAAGGGCUUUUUGAUGGAGCAAGAUGUAGUCUAUGGUGUGAGGGAAGAUUUGGAAACCGAAGAAGUUGGUGGUGGGGGUAUGCGUUUCACUGUCUUGCAUCAGGUUCAGGAGCUACGGGCUGAACUCGGCGCUUUAGAAGGAAAGAUUAGGAAGGUUUCACGAGAGAUGUUGGGUGCAGUGUCCGGAGAGCUGUUUGAGAUGCUCAACAAUAUGAGGAGUCUCGGUGACGAGGGAACACCGAAUGAAAUACUUGUUGGAGAUAACGAUUUAGCUCAUUGGAGUGACCAGCACUUGUAUGGAGGAGAUGAUGGGAAGGAUGCAGAGCUUGUUGAAGAUGAUGAAGAGAGUUUUGGGAGGAGCCUUGAUGAUGUAGUUCCUCCUUGGGAACAGAUAAGGCCACCAAGUCCGAAAGAUAUCUUGUCUGAAACAUGUAAGCCUGAGAAAUGGUUGAAGUGUAGUGACUUUGACGAGAAGAGCAUUCUGAGUUGUGAAGAUUCUAAACUAACGAAAACGAUGGGGGACAGUGAAGGUAUAGUAUCAGACGUAGGUUUAGUUGGAUUACAGGUUGAUAGCUUCUAUCAAGAGAACUCCAAAUGGUAUGAUUCUCCUUGUGAAGACAAUGGGUUCAGACACGGGGAGAUUUUGUAGAAACACGGUAAAGUUUCUAACACGCUAUCUCUCACACAUCUUCUUGUUCAUAUGAGUCCCUAACUUAUAACUAGAGAUCAGAUUGUAUAUUUUAUGUAUUCAGAUAACACAAUGUUUCAGGGGGUAUUUCGUUAGCUUGUAUGUUGUAGCUCUGUAAGGGUUGGUUUCUUUGUGGUGUGGUUAUGUAAAGUGAAACCCAGAUUGUUUCUCUGCGUAUAUAACAUUGUUAUUCAACUUAACAAACUGUUGUAACCUUGCAAGAUUUUCCA